AUGGGAGUGAAAAAUCCAGAGAAGAAAGUGUUCCAUCCACCUUCAGUUAAAAGAGAGCCUGAUUCCCCCCCACCAGGAUACGAAUCGGUUGAAUCAAAUGAAAUGAACAAAAAUCGUAAACCUCCAAAUGGAUUGCCAAUUGGUCGAGGGGAUCCUAAAGACCAGAAUAUUGUUCAACAAAUGAACGACCAAGAUGGAAAUGCCAUAUUUCCGCGUCCUGAUGGACAACCAUUAAGUGGCUCAGACUCCAUAGAUUUGAACCUAUUAUGGGAUGAGUUCAAGAAUUUGGUAGCUAAACAACGGCAAAAGCAAAAACCAGGUGAAACUAUGGAAAACUGGGAAGAGGACGCUCAUAUGUGGGCUUCGUAUUCCAGACAAUUAGUGGAAAGAGACAAAACUGCGAAAAGACGAGCUCAAGAAGAGGAACGUAAAGACGCGGAACGUAAAGCUGCAAGACAAAAUGAACACAAAUAUUUGAAUCCUAGCGCUGGUAUGGAACAAUAUUGGACAUCAAACGAAAAUGAUAAGAAACCAUCGGAUCCAGGAAAGGAUAUGGAUGCAGUAGGCAAAGAGAUGUUGGAAACACUCUCUCGAUUGCCUCACUCACAAUCUGACUCUGAAGGUCAAGGAAUAACCGGUUUAGAUACAUAUCUUUCGGGUACUGAUAAAGGUAGAGGCCCAGAAGCAUUCCCUAGGGGCGCAGGAGGACAUUCUGAUUACCCUGGUAAUGGUAGGGGCCCAGGAGCGUACUCUAGUGGCCCGGGAGAAUAUCUUAGGGGGCAAGAUACAUACCCUGGGGGUGCAGGAGGAUUUCCUGGGAGCCCAGGAGAUUUUCCUGGGAAUUCAGGGUUUCCUGGGAGUGCAGGAGGAUAUCCUGGGGGCGCCGGAGGAUAUCCUGGGGGCGCCGGACGAUAUCCUGGGGCUGCAUUAGGGUAUUCUGGGGGCUCAGGAGGAUAUCCUGGGGGUGCGGGAGGAUAUCUUGGAGGCGCAGGAGGGUAUCCUGGGGGACCAGGAGGAUAUCCUGGGGUCGCAGGAGGGUAUCCUGGGGGACCAGGAGGAUAUCCUGGGGGCACAGGAGGAUAUCCUGAAGGCGCAGGACAAUUUCCUGGGGGCUCUGAAAUAUUUUCUGGUGAUACAAGAGGAUUUCCUGGGGGCCCGGGAGGAUUUCCUCAGGGUCCGGGAAGAUUUCCUGGUGGCGCAGCAGGUUUUCCUGGGGGCGCAGGAGGAUAUCCUGGGGGCGCAGCAGGAGCAGCAAUUCCAGGGGCCCCAGAAGGAAUUCCUGGAGGCGCUGGAGGAUUUCCUAGGAAUCCGGGAGGAUUUCCUGGGGGCCCAGGGGGAUUUCCCGAAGGUCCGGGCACAUAUCCUAGAGGCUCAGGAUCGAAUCCCAGAAGCCCAGAAGCGUUUUCUGGUGGUCUUGGUAAACCUGGGAACAAUUUUAAAUUCCCUACAGAACUAUCUUUAUCAAAAAAUGCCCAACUUUGGAACGCUAUGAAACAAGGCAUUCAUUUACCUAUGCCUCCACCAAAGUUAUGGACUCGACGACAAUAUGAUGGAAUGCCUCCUAUAUAUUAUAAAGAUCGACCAAACGAAUCACAAGGAGCAAUAUCGACGGGUCGGGACGAUCGUUAUCUAACACCUGAACAGAGGUCUCAAGAAUCUCCUGAUUACGAUAUGGGGCCAGAUACUUCGCAAUUUUCUCAAAGUUUCGAAAAACCAAGAAUUGCAUUUGACGAAAACGUUAACGAGGCUAACGUUCCUAUUGGUGAUGGCAAAAUACCAGGUGUAGGAUCUGAGGCUGACUUUCCGAAUGGUUAUCGACCAAACUAUGGUGAUAAAUCGCAAAUUUCUCCUGGGUUUUAUCAGAUGCCCCAGUCUUACAGUAGCGGAUAUCCAGAGGCUCAAAAAAAUCCAUUUAUAAAAACUCAACCCAAGACAACAAGUAAUAAAUCCCCGCCACAGAUCCCACUCAAGAACAUAGUAGCUGAAAGCUACCCAGAUGAUUUCAAGCACGCUCUCCGGAUGGGUGGACCACGUUCCCAACCUGGGCUUGAUUCUGAAUCAAAUUUCCCCGAGGCGUCUAGUCUAGAUAAUUUUAAACACGCGCUCCGGAUGGGUGGACCACGGUUCCAACCUGGCCCAGGUUCUGAAUUAAAUGUUCCUGAGGGGUCUGGUCCAGAUAAUUCUAAGCACGCUCUUCGGAUGGGUGGACCACGUUUUCAACCUGGGCCAGGUUCUGAAUCAGAUUUCUCAGAGGGGUUUCAUCCUAAAAUAGCUGGUGGAAACAUGGAAAGGGGAGUUCCGUCAAGUAAUGGACUUCAUAGACCGCCGAGAUUAAAUAAUCAGUUCCAAUUCCAAGGUAUGGAGCAAAGAGGACCACCUCCUGGAUGGCAUAGUGAGGGCAAAGCGGGCUGGAAACCUGAUAAAUCUUGGGGAUCAUCACGUUUUAGUCCACCAGGAGAGCCAGACUACCAGCCACUACCGGAAUCGGAACGAUUACAACCAAAUCAACCUCGUGAAUUUCCUGUAAAGGGAAAGGAUGGGCCGGCAGCACUUCGUGAUGGUGCAGAUGACGUUGCUAUUACUUUUCAAGGCCAAAACUCACCUGGUGUUGAUGUAGAACUAGGUCAGGCCGGAUUUAAACCGCGUCAACCAAAUCUACCAACCGGGUAUAAUUUGUUGCAAAUUGCGUUAAAUAAAACUGUGAGAGAGUCAUCGGCAGAUGUUUAA